AUGAGUGCAUCUCCACUCUUCUCUGCUGCUCAGGUGAUGUUGAAUUACCUUAUUCCACUAGCCGCCAAACAGAUUAGUCUGGCAUGGGGUUUCAAGGAUGAGCUUCAAAGGCUUUGUGACAAGUUGGAAUUGAUUCGAGCUCUAUUGCGUGAUGCUGAGAACCGAGGAGUCAUAAUAAGGCUCGAAACUAUACAACUUUGGCUCAAGAAACUCAAGUCCGUGGCAUGCUGUGCUGAUGAUGUCUUGGACGAAUUCAAGUUUGAAACACUUCGACGAAAGAUUGAGGUCCAAAACAGACUAAAGAAAAAGGUACGCAACUUCUUCUCCCUCUCAAAUCCGCUGCCAUUUCGUCUCAAGAUGGCUCAUAAGGUCAAGCAUAUCAAUUUGUUGUUUGACAAUCUUUGCAAAGAAGCAAAUGACAUUGGUCUUAGACCUGCUGAUCAGAUCUUAAAUGCUGCUAGUACUAGUGUUGAACCUAGAGAAUUGAAUUUCAGGCUGACUCACCCCUUUGUAGAUGAUUCACAAGUUGUUGGAAGGGAUGGUGAUGUAUCAACAGUGAUAGACAUGUUAAUUGGCUCCUAUGACAGUGGAGAUGAUUUAUCUGUCAUUGCCAUUGUAGGAAUGGGUGGGAUGGGUAAGACAACCCUUGCUCAGCUAGUUUACAACAAUGACAAGGUGGUGAAGCAUUUUGGUGAUCAAAGGAUGUGGAUUUGUGUAUCUGAUGAUUUCAUAGUUGAAAGGUUAUUGAAUCAGAUGGUACAAUCUCUUACUGGAGAUAAAUCUGAAACAGAAAAUAUUGAAGGAAUAGUGAGAAAGCUUGAAGAAAAACUAAAUGGGAAAAAAUAUUUGCUUCUACUCGAUGAUGUUUGGAAUGAAAAUCCAAACAAAUGGGAGUGCAUGAGAAAUUCUUUGCUAGGGAUAGGUGGCUCCAAGGGAAGCAAAAUAAUAGCUACAACCAGGAGUAUGUGCGUGGUAUCUACCAUGAGGACAUCUCUCACUCAUCAUUUGAGCCAACUAUCAAAAAAUGACAGUUGGACUAUGUUUCGGAAAAGAGCAUUUGCAAAUAGAGGACCAAUUGAAACUCAGAAUUUGGUGGCUAUUGGUAGAAAUAUGGUGGAAAAGUGUAAGGGUGUACCAUUGGCAAUAAAGUCACUAGGAGAUUUCAACAUUCAAAAGGAUAAGUUGAUUCAGCUUUGGAUGGCUCAAGGAUACCUCCAGCCUUCUUCGGAAAGCAAUUUGGAAAUGGAAGAUGUUGGUAAUAAUUAUUUUAAUAUUUUGUUGCACAAUUCUUUAUUUCAAGACAUUAAAUUGGAUGUGUACAAUAAUAUUCUCAGUUGCAAAAUGCACGAUCUUGUGCAUGAUUUGGCACUAGAUGUCUCAGAGGGUAACUGUUUGGCUUUGACUUCGAUUGCUAGUGAGGCUAAUUACCAUCCCGAGGUUCAACAUCUAUCAUUUGAUUUAAAGCGAAAUAUAAGUUUUGAAAUUCCAAAAGAAAAUGUUGGGAAACUGAGGACAAUAUUUUUAACUAAAAAUGUCCCUAAAAACAUUGCAGAAGUCAAGUGUAUACGUGCCCUGAGUUCUGAAGCAAUCUUUAUGAUAGAGUUACCAUAUUUGUAA